AUGCCGUCCGUUGUUGUGCCCGCCUAUGAGCCUCCGGGCCCAGCCCCAGGCUCCAAGCUCGGGAAAGGCACCAGUAACCCCGCGGGACAACGGCCCACUGUCGAUAUUAUUGACAUACGACAGUCUGCGGUGGAAAUCAAUAUCAAAGAAGAGAUACACAAGUUGCUCCGCCCUCAGGAAGGCCUGCGGAAGUUGCCGACCCUGCUCCUCUAUGACGAGAAGGGCCUGCAGCUCUUCGAAGAGAUCACAUAUUUGGAGGAGUACUAUUUGACGAACCAUGAGAUCCAAGUCCUGCGGCGUUCCGCCACCGCCGUUGCCAAGGCGAUCCCGUCCGGGUCGUUAGUGCUUGAGCUGGGUAGCGGAAACCUGAGGAAGGUAGCCCUUCUCCUGCAGGCUCUCGAAGACGCUAGCAAGAAGGUUGACUACUACGCUCUCGAUUUGUCCCAGGAUGAGUUGUCCAGGACUUUGGCCCAACUCCCAGCCUACCGUCACGUCCGAUGUCACGGGCUCUUGGGAACGUACGAUGAUGGCCGCGAAUGGUUAAGUAAGCCGCAGAUCUACUCCAAGCGCAAGUGUGUCUUGUCCCUCGGAUCAAGCAUCGGAAAUUUCCACCGGGACGAAGCCGCUUCGUUCCUGAAGGGGUUCGCCGAUGUUCUCCGGCCGGCGGAUAGUUUUCUGAUUGGGCUGGAUUCCUGCACUGAUCCCUCCAAGGUCUAUCAGGGUGUUACACAUCGAUUUAUCCUGAAUGGACUGUCUCACGCGAACGAAGUCCUCGGACAACGGGUAUUCGAGCUAGACGACUGGCAGGUCAUCGGCGAAUACGUCUACGACAACGAAGGGGGGCGGCACCAAGCAUUCUAUUCGCCCAUUCACGAUACCUUCGUUUUAGGAGAAACAAUCAGGGCUCAGGAACGUGUCCAAGUUGAACAGAGUUUGAAGUAUUCGGAAGAUGGUUGCAGUAACUUGUGGAAGUCAGCAGGCAUGAUCGAAGCUAAUCGUUGGAUGACCGACGACGAAGACUAUGGCCUUCACCUCCUAACCAAGCCCAACAUGUCCUUCAGCCCCGAUCCCUCCGAGUAUGCUCGCUCGAAUAUCCCGUCUCUCGAGGACUUCGAGAGUCUGUGGACCCCGUGGGAUAUUGUGACCCGACAGAUGUUGCCGGAUGAAGAGCUUCUGGAGAAACCCAUCGAGCUUCGAAAUGCAUGCAUCUUCUACCUCGGUCACAUCCCCACAUUUCUUGACAUCCAGUUAGCUAAAACGACAAAGAACCCACUUACAGAGCCGACCUUCUACUCUUCCAUCUUUGAGCGAGGGAUAGACCCGGACGUUGACAACCCUGAGGUCUGCCACGCCCACUCGGAAACCCCAGAUGAGUGGCCACCGGUUGAGGAAAUUAUAGAGUACCAAGGGCGGGUGCGGGACAGGUUGAAGAGUAUCUAUUCCGUCGGCCUGGGGAAUAUCCCCAGAAAUGUCGGGAGAGCCAUGUGGGCUGGCUUCGAGCACGAGAUUAUGCAUCUGGAGACGUUACUCUACAUGAUGUUACAGAGCGACAAGACCCUCCCGCCACCCCACACCAAACGCCCCGACUUUGAGGCCCUUUCUCGCGCCGCACGCGCCGCAAGAGUCAGUAAUGACUGGUUUAAUAUACCCGACCAGGAUAUCGUAUUGGGGUUCGACGAACCAGAGGAUGUGCUACACUCCACUAAGCAUUUUGGGUGGGACAAUGAGAAACCACCAAGACGUGUCAGUGUUGGUGGCUUCCAAGCCAAAGGACGGCCUAUCACAAACGAGGAGUACGCGUCGUACCUAUACAAUACGAAGGCGACAGUGCUCCCUGCCGCGUGGGCCGAUCUCGAGCCAAAGACCACCGGCGGCGAUGACGAAAGGUUUCACAGCCGUACUGAUGGUCAUACUAACGGCAGCGACAGCGUCCCCGCAUCAUUCCUGGAAGGCAAGGCUGUGCGGACCGUCUACGGGCUAGUCCCCCUGGAGUACACACUUGACUGGCCAGUAUUCGCCUCAUAUGACGAACUUGCGGGAUGCGCUGCCUGGCUAGGUGGCAGAAUCCCUACGUUCGAAGAGGCACGAAGCAUAUAUGCCCACGUUGACGCCCAGAAGAAGGAAGCAGAGCGCAAGCUAGGGAGGGCAGCCCCAGCAGCCAACGCCCACCUAGUUAACGAUGGCGUCGAAGGGACUCCGCCGGCGAACCCUCCCGACAGUGUCGAUGGCAGCUCGUCUGAAAAUGACGAUCUCUUCAUCGAUCUUAGCAACGCCAAUGUGGGCUUUAGGCACUGGCACCCUGUACCCGUGACUGCCCAAGGCAAUCGCCUAGCUGGGCAGGCCGAGAUGGGAGGCGUGUGGGAGUGGACUAGCUCCACGCUCACAAGGCACGAGGGUUUCAAGCCUAUGGCUCUGUACCCGGGAUAUACGGCCGACUUCUUCGACAAUAAACACAAUAUUGUUCUUGGUGGCUCGUGGGCCACACACCCCCGAGUUGCGGGGAGGAAGACCUUCGUCAACUGGUACCAACGCAAUUACCUAUACGCCUGGGUAGGCGCCAGGCUUGUCCGUGACCUGUAA